CGUUUUAAAGGCUAACAGUCAAAAUAUUAGAGUCCGUGCUCUAACACAUCAUUCUUUUCGCGUUGGGCCUGAAAAUUCUGAAUACGCCCAUGUUUACAUUUACAUACCUAAUUAUUUAGGGUCAUUUUACCCCAACUAUUCAUGAGCCUCAAGAGCGGGGGAGAUGUCGAUCAGCAAAGCUUCAUUAGGAAGCUCGCAAAGGGCAAAGGAAGAUUCGGCUGUCGGAAAGGGGAAAGGCAAGAAGUCAACCAGUUCCCUGUUUGCAAUUCUACCAAUAAAAUGGAGUGCCUAGGUCGGGAAACAAAAAACCAUUCGACAAACAGUUAAAUGAUCACGAGUUACCGCCCCUGCGGUGUUGCCAUUGAGAAUGCAAGCAGGCUUUCCCCGCAUUCUCCUCGACCUAUCUCGGCUUUCCCUAGGGCGUCUGCAAGGGUGAUAAACAUGACCACUCAGGAAUUCUUUGCAAACAAGACAGCAAGGUUAGCCUGCAGGCCUGGCGCCGAUCUGCGGUCUAGAAACCCCAGCCGGGGAAAACAAAGAACAGGUCAAGUUGAUGAAUUCAAAUAUCACUGGACGCCUCGCCCUUUUCCCUUGGGGUAACCCCAGACUCACGUCUGUAGGUAUUCCUUAUACAUCACUCGUUCUUGGAGAUCUCUCCAAGAUUCUAGAGUUAGGUGCAAUGCGUCUUCUACUCUUGCUAUCCACUUUCUUGUUCGGAGGGGUUUCUACAGUCUCAGCACAAUGCCCUGAUUACUCGGAUUACUCUAUGGCCACCCACGAGCCCUUCUCAGCGGGGAAGUAUCAGCUUUCAUAUCAGAGGCCAAUAGCUGCGUGUCGGACGGCCAACGUUUCGGAUGUUGAGAAGAUCAUCCAAGAUAUGAAAACAGUGGUGAAGGACCCGGAUCUCUUCCGAUUAUUUGAAAAUACUUUUCCGAACACACUGGACACCACGGUGAAAUGGAAAGGCUAUGCCGAAGAUGAUUCGACAGAAGAGCUCACCUUUGUCACGACUGGGGAUAUUGUGGCUAUGUGGCUUCGCGAUUCAGCGAAUCAAUUGCGUAGUUAUAAGUCACUGCUUAAGGCGGAUGAUUCUCCCAAUUCGAUAGCAUCCCUCUACCGCGGUGCGAUUAACUUGCAGGCGAGAUACGUCAUUCGAAAUCCAUAUUGUAAUGCGUUUCAAGCACCGACCGAGUCGGGUUUACCACCAGAGAGCAAUGGUUAUGCGGAUACCGACAAGGUGACGCCCCCUUACAACACCAGCUUUGUUUUCGAAUGCAAGUACGAACUUGAUUCGAUUUCGGCCUUCCUGCAAUUAUCAUACGAUUAUUACAAUAAAACCGAGGAUUCCGAUUUCUUUGGCAAGUUCCGAUGGGUUGAAGCUGUCGAGACAAUUCUCAAUGUGACAGAAGGUCUCCUAGUUGGAACGUACAGUGAUGACGGAUCUGUUAACGAGUCACCCUAUACAUUUCAACGGCAAAGCACCAGCGCAACGGAGACUCUUGCGAAUACCGGAGCCGGAAACCCCGUGAGGAGCGGCACCGGAUUGGUUCGUAGUGCAUUCCGUCCUUCGGACGAUUCAACCAUCUACCAACUAUUCAUUCCGGCGAACAUGCAAUUCUCGAGUUAUCUUGGAAAAUCCGCCAAGAUUAUGGAGGCGCACGACGCCGAACUCGCAAAACGCAUGAGCGAUUUCGCAUCUAGCGUGCGAGAAGGGAUUGAAACACAUGGUAAGGUGCAGCACGAGGUUUUGGGAGAGAUAUACGCAUAUGAGGUCGACGGAUUUGGGUCGAGAAACUUGAUGGACGAUGCCAACGUCCCAAGCUUACUGAGCGCACCGAUUCUAGAUUAUCUAGAUGCAUCGGACGAGACGUAUCAGAGAACCCGUAAAUUCGCGCUUUCGACGUGGAACCCGUAUUAUAUGCACGGGCCCGUGCUGAAUGGUACCGGAGGUCCUCACGUGGGGCCUGGAAAAGCCUGGCCAAUGUCGAUCAUCACGUCACUCUUGACUUCCGACGACGACGACGAGAUCCUUACGGGGCUGCAGGAGCUGGCGUCAUCUACCGACGGGUUGGGGUUGAUUCACGAAUCUGUAGAUACGUUCAAUGCGUCAGUAUGGACACGGGAGUGGUUUUCCUGGGCUAACGGCUUAUUUGGAGAGAUGCUGUUGGGACUGAAAGACAGGAAGCCUCAUUUACUCGAGACGAGCUUCCAGUAGGUUUCAAGCGUUUAAUAUGCGAGUUGUCGUACAUGCCUAGCUGGGGGAGUUAUUCGGGGUUGUAAAUAGGAACAAUAGAAACAAGUAUCGUGGAAAUAAA